AUGGAUCCUGCAUUGUUCCUGAAUCAGGCCAGCAGUUCACAGCGUCUCUCUGGGAUGUUGAUUCAAAACUGCUCUGAGAACAACCUGAAGUUUAUUUGUGAGUUUCAGCCUGGGCCCGGUCCACCGCAAGGGUCUGGUGAUGAGGAUUUUAGUGUCAGUAUGGAUUGUGAGUCAGUGUCAGUAAUCCUCCCUGCCCAGUGCAGCGUCUACCAGCUGCGGCUACGCAUCUGUAUGCAGGCCCAGGAACAAAGUUGCCAUCCAGACCCACUUGCAAUACUGGACCCAGAGAAAUUUACUCUGCUAUAUGCCAGGGGGGGAGACUGGUACGAGGCCUACGAUGACUGUCAGGUUAUCAGGACGUUAGACAUUCCAUGGUCACGUGAUGACACCGGGCGUCUGUCAGCACACAUAGUGGUAAAACCACUGGUGGCAGUUGAUUUAGAGGAGGAGAAGAAACAACAGGAGUGUCUGGCAUACCUGAUUGGACACAACCUGGAGAAAGAAGCGUCUGACAGACUUGGUGAGCUCACAUUCACCCGCAGGAAACUGGCAUCUCCGAGAAGACAAGAGCUAAGGAAUCGGGAUGACAAGCUAUAUGCCACAGAGCCUUGGGUAACAUGUGCCCCUAUUCCAAAUGACCUACAGGACCAGAUAAACAGAAAGCUCCCAGUCACCCUCCACUACAUGAACAAGAUCAGCUUCAGCAUACAGGUUGAUUUUAGCGCAAUGCCAGCUGUUCUUCUUAGGGUUUUUAGGAGGGUGAUGGCAGACCAGGGCCUUGAUUACGACACUUCUGAUGAUCUGGUUUUGAAAGUUUCUGGCAGGGAGGAGUUUUUAUCUGGAGACCAUCCCCUUAGUGGUUUUCUCUGGGUUCGCCAGUGCUUGAAAACCAAUCAAGACCUCCACCUGUCUGUGGUCCCCGUGUCACAGCUUGCCGAUGAGACUGUCAAGUUUGUGGACUGGCCGCUUGUUGAUAGUUUCAGUGGCCAGUUCAGCUCCCACGAUGAUCUCCGCCUCGAAGGGAAAGAUUUGGAUGACAUUUUCAUGAUAUCCUUGUGGGACUGCAACAGAAGACUCCGAGUCAAAUUGCUUGGCUUUGACAUCCCGAAACUUCCAAACAAAUGCCCUCAGUCUGUUUAUGUAAAAGCCUCUAUCCUUUAUGGUAACAAGGUUCUCUCUUCAGUGUCCUCCUUCCCCAAGGCUUUCGCAGAUGAAGUACUGUGGAAUGAGUGGCUGGACUUUGACGUUCUCCUCAGGGAUCUGCCACGUGGUGCAAAGCUGGGUUUUACUAUUAAUGCUAGUGGUGAUAUUUCCCCAGUAACCAAAGACCCAAAGCCACCAUCCUCUUCAGUCAAUAAAACACCAGAGCAGCACAAAGGGAAGGAGAAGGUGCUCUACUUUGUCAAUCUUCUCCUUAUAGAUCACAGGUCAGUCCUCAGCCAGGGUCCCUACACCCUACAAAUGUGGUCUUACCCUGACCUGGAGGAAGAGGCCAUCACGUACCAGGCAGACAAGCUGUCCUCUGCUACGAACCCAAAGAUAGCUGACUCCAUGGCUAUCAGCUUUCUUCUUGACCGCUACAGCUUCCCUGUGGUUCUCCCAAAUAGCUUUAGCCCCUCUGAAUGCUCUGACAGUCCCACCUCCAGCCUCACCCGGACCAAAUCUACUGCUUCCUCUUAUACACUCUCCUCCUCACCCUCUUCACCCCCUUCCACCUUACCCAGCACAGAUUCUUGCUGUCUGGAUGUAAAACCAUCCCAGGGCCCAUCAUCUGACAGUGUAAUUCUCAGAUCUCCGUCUUCAGUCAUCAGCACCAACAAGGCUGGCCUCAAAAGGUUCCGGGAAGAGAGCAUCCGCUAUGCCUCAAAUCUACCCCAUUACCUGCGCAAUGUUGAUUGGAUGAACCGCAGAGUGGUUGGGGAUGUCCACUGGCUACUGGGAAACUGGGAUCCUGGGGAGCUGGAUGUAACAGUGGCCCUGGAGCUGUUGAGCAUGGACUUUGCUGACAUGACAGUCAGGAGACUAGCAGUCCAGAGAUUGGAAAGCCUGUCUAAUGAUGAUGUAUUGAAGUAUUUGCUGCAGCUGGUUCAGACUCUGAAAGUGGAACCCUACCAUGACAGUUUCCUCGCCCGGUACCUUAUCCAAAGAGCUCUGCAGAGCAAGAGAAUCGGCCACUUCUUCUUCUGGUAUGUUCGCAGUGAGGUGGCAGGCUGUCCCUACUUCCGCCAGCGCAUGGCUGUGAUUCUGGAGGCCUACCUGCUGGGCUGUGGUCAGGCCAUGCUUGACAGCUUCACCCAGCAGGUCCAGGCUGUGGAGGCUUUACAGGAGGUUGCUGUGAUGAUUAAAAACUUCUACCCUGACAACCUUUCCCCUACAGCUCCCCUCAAGCUCCAAGAGCUUCUUAGAAGCUGUAAUCUGCCAAUUGAGUUCCUGCUGCCCUUUGACCCCCGCAUUAAAGCUGGAAUGAUCCUGCUGGACAAAUGCAAGGUGAUGGCCUCUAAGAAGAAGCCACUAUGGCUGGAGUUCUCUCCCAUGCCGUCGCCCACCUCUGAUACACCUGUGGGAAUAAUCUUCAAACAGGGUGAUGACCUCAGGCAGGACAUGUUGGUCCUUCAGACACUGGUGGUGAUGGACUCUAUCUGGCAGGAGAAAUCUCUGGACCUGAACCUUGUUCCAUAUGGCUGCAUCUCCACAGGACACAACAUAGGUAUGAUUGAGAUUGUGAGGAAUGCAGCGACCAUCGCUGUAGUCCAGAGGAACCAUGGAGGAACGAAUGGAGCCUUCAGAAACGAUGCUCUGUUUGAGUGGCUCAAGUCCAAAUGUCCGCUCCAGGAGAUUCACUACAAGACUGUGGAGAGAUUUGUGAAAUCCUGCGCUGGUUACUGUGUGGCCACCUACGUCUUGGGUAUAGGAGAUCGACACAAUGACAACAUCAUGAUCACAGACCAAGGAAACCUGUUUCACAUCGACUUUGGUCACAUCCUGGGCAACACGAAGCACUUCCUCGGCGUGAACAGGGAGCGUGUACCUUUCGUCCUCACACCUGACUUCCUGUAUGUCAUGGGCAGGGUCAAAGGGCGCAACAGCCUCUACUUUCAGCGGUUCAGGGACACAUGCACCCAAGCAUACCUCUCCCUGCGCUCGCACUCUCGUCUGCUGGUCACUCUUUUCUCCCUCAUGCUGCUGACAGGCAUCCCGGAGUUGAGUGCUGCAGAGGACAUGCGCUACCUGCGGGAGGCGCUCCAGGAGGAACAGGGUGAGGCAGAGGCCAAGGAGCAUUUCCUCCAGCAAAUCUCUAUGUGUGAGCAUCUGGGCUGGACUGUGCAGGCCAACUGGUGGAUCCACAUGGUGGCAGGCAUCAAGUAGAUUGUUGGUGAUUUGAAGGUCAAGGUGUGGAAAUGUUUAUUAUGUAACACUGAUUUUUAUUCAUUGUUUAUCAUUUUUUUAUGCAUCCCUUUUUAUGCAUCUAUUUACUCAGUAGACACUUUCACUUUACAUAUUACUUUUGGAUUACCCCAACACCAAAUAUGUAUAUAAAGAGAAAAGAGAAAAGAAAUUAAAAAGAAUUUUGCAAUAAAAAAUGUGUCCUCUGCUCAGUGUAUUUUUUAGAGAGAAAUGUAUGUUAUUCAAAAUUGUAAUCCUGAUAAAUAAUCCCUAUUUAUACUGAAUGUAAAGGUAAUUUGAUUCCUUCUUUUUUUCUGUAACUGCAAUUGAUUAGUGUUCU